AUAAAUGCUGCACCACUGCCAGGGGUGGACUGACAACUCAUGGGGCCCUCGGGCAAUAGGGGAUCAUGGGGCCCCUGUGUCCUUGCUCACACUCAAACCACACCCAAAAAAGCCUAUGGAAGGUACCAGGGGCAUCUCAUGGGGCCCCCUACUGACCCCGGGCCCUCGGGCAGUGCCCGAGUUUCCAAAUGGUCAGUCCGCCCCUGCUAAAGACAUUUAUUCAGCAAUGCAUGGCAACUGCGAUAUGUCAAAAUGCUAUUUGUCUGGCAGUCCCUGGCUUCAAUUAUUUUGGCAUGUAGCAUUUUUAUAUUGCAUAGUAAAGUUAACC